CGCGCGCGGCCGGGCCGGGCCGGGGGAAGGACCCGCUCCGUGCUCGUGUGUGCGACCCCGCUGGGCAAGCACCUCGCUGACUAGUCCUAGUGGGACUAGUCCUGCUAAUCUGACCCUACUGGGACUAGGAGGAGAUGAAGCUCGUCCCUGACUAGUCGUGGUGGGACUAGUCCUGAUAAUGGAACCCCACUGGGACUAGUAGGAGAAGAAAUACUUUGCUUACUAGUUGUGAACAAGUUGAAAUCGUCACAGAAGGAUAAAGUACGUCAGUUUAUGAUCUUUACGCAAUCUAGUGAAAAGACUGCAGUGAGUUGUCUAUCCCAAAAUGACUGGAAGUUGGAUGUUGCAACAGACAACUUUUUCCAAAAUCCUGAACUUUAUAUACGAGAGAGCGUUAAAGGAUCGCUGGACCGAAAAAAGCUAGAACAGCUAUAUAACCGAUACAAAGAUCCUCAAGAUGAAAAUAAAAUUGGUAUAGAUGGAAUACAGCAGUUUUGUGAUGACCUAGCACUUGACCCUGCCAGCAUUACUGUACUGAUCAUCGCAUGGAAAUUCAGAGCUGCAACACAGUGCGAGUUCUCAAAGCAGGAAUUCAUGGAUGGCAUGACUGAUUUAGGAUGUGACAGCAUAGAAAAACUAAAGGCCCAGAUUCCUAAAAUGGAACAAGAAUUAAAAGAGCCAGGAAGAUUUAAGGAUUUUUAUCAGUUUACUUUCAACUUUGCAAAGAAUCCGGGACAAAAAGGUUUAGAUUUAGAAAUGGCCAUUGCCUACUGGAAUUUAGUACUUAAUGGAAGAUUUAAAUUUCUAGACUUGUGGAACAAAUUUUUGUUGGAACAUCAUAAAAGAUCAAUACCUAAGGAUACCUGGAACCUUCUUUUAGACUUCAGUACAAUGAUAGCAGAUGAUAUGUCUAAUUAUGAUGAGGAAGGGGCAUGGCCAGUUCUUAUUGAUGACUUUGUGGAAUUUGCACGCCCUCAAAUUGCUGGGACAAAAAGUACGACAGUGUAGCACUAACGGACCCUUCUAGAAUGUACAUAGUGUGUACAAAUAAAUACAAUGGAAAAUUGCACAGUCAAUUUCUGCUGGCUGGACUGAACUGAACUGAAGUUCAAUCCUCACAAUAAGGGUUGAGGGUUGAGACAAACCUUUAAGGAUACAUCUUGGACCAUAUCGUAUUGCAUUCUUCUCCUGGUGGUUUGGGCUUCUCUUCUAGUCUGGACCACUUUUGCCAGUUAUAAUUCCAACAUUGUGGAUUUCAUCAUUUUUUGUGAACCACCCUAGUUUUAUUUUCCUAUCUGAGAAGCUUUAUGAUUAUUUUGAGGUUUCUGGUUUCACAUGAAGCACAAUGCUGUCUUCAUUGGACAACUGAUGUUUGGCAUCCGAAUUACACAGAUCAGCAUCAAAUAUUUUUUUUUAAACUCCUUAAAUAUACACUUUGGGCUAGUUGCAAAGACUAUAUUGAUAGCACUUCCUACAAGAGUGAUAUAUUUAAGUGUACUGGAUCCGAUAUUUUUCUUUUAUGGAAAAUUACAGGUAUUGUCUAAGUGGGGUUUGAGUAGAAACAACCAACAAAAGUGAGAUUGUUAUUGGGAUAUCUAGGUGCCUAUCUGAAAGGUUUUAUUGUACCUCAACUUUCUUUAAGAGCAGUUGAAGUACUACGCAACUACUGUGCACUUAUAGUACCCAUGUUUAAUACUAUAGUCAGCCUUCAGUGAGCUUCAUUGAGAUGAGUUGUGUGCAUAAUGAUAGAAUCUAAUAUUCUCUAGGUUAUCUAAUAAAUCCAAUUUCAUUACAGUUUUGAGAUGCUUACCUAUCUGUCCAAGAAGGUUUUUUUUUCAUUUCUGUAGAAAUUUAAAACUUGAAUAUACUGAAUUUGUGUCUUAAUGUUUGCUGCACAAUACAGUAUUUUUAAAUGGAGGCAUUGGACUUACGGCUGCAGUAGGAGAGAACCAAUGACCCUGUGGCAAGUCUGACACGAAUCUGAGGUUUGAAGUGAUUGUCCUGAGACGUGUAAUUUAAAACUUGACAAUGUAUGUGUAUUGCUGUUCUGGACAAAGCCCAUGUUCAGUGAUUUUUGUUGAGCUGUUAAAGAUGACAGAUCACUGUGGUUGCCAAAUAUAGACAUUUUAAAAGUAAAACGCUUCCCAAACUUAAUCAGAUACAGAAUAUCAUACUGGCUUCUUUUGUUUCCUUAAAUUAUUUUGUUGAUCUACCACUACUUCUGUGUGCCUCAUUGCGUGGAACUAAAUUGGGACUGUUGUCACUUCAAAGCAGGAUUUUAUCUUGUUCUGUGCUUUUUACAUUACAGGAGCUUCUUUCAUGCUGAAAACACUCACUCUGCACCUGCUGACUUGUGAGGGAGGCUUUUGGUUGUUUUGAGACCAAUACUGUUCUGUAAAAAGCAAGAAAAUGUCAAACUUCAGUCUAAAAAAAGUGAUUAUAGUCAUUAGGAACAGGGGUUGAAGACUCCUGGCUGUCUGAUAUUCAAGUCCGAAUUACUGUUGAAAUUAGUAAAUGGAACUUGCACUAAAAAGAGCUGUAUGGUUUUUUUUAUACAGAUGCAAAAAAGAAAAAAAUUUAGGAAAAGUUGAGUAUUAAACUGCUUUGAAGUGGGUGAGAAGGUUGCUUCCCCUCCUGACAGUGCCCUUUUAAUAAAGCCUAGUCACUCCUUUAUUUCCAAAUCCAGACCUACAAACAUAAAAAAAUAUUGCAAAUUUCUACUCCAGCUACCGGAAUUGGCUAUGCCAAAAAUGUUUCUUUUUGCUGCUUUCAGUAUUUCCAUCCUUAAUUUUGUGUAAAUACAAGCGAGGACUUGAAUUAUGAAGAGAACGUUACAAGGUAUAUAUGCGUGCUGUUUUCCGUCUUGAGGGUUUGGUACAGUACAGUUUCAGAUUGAUUAGUUCAAGUAUGCCGUGUUUUGAGAUGAGAACUAAUUAGCUUUUAUCCCGAUACAGAUUUGUCUUUCACAGAAGUCUGGUAUUGGUUAGUGGCAUAAUGCCGUGGUGUUUUAAAGAAUACUCCUUUUGAAUGCGAGACCUUUUCAACAAAAUAGUGUUGUCAUCAGUUUGGUACUAUACACUUAUAAUUACUGUGUAAUUAUAAAACAAAAGUACAAUACCUAACGCUUCAAAUAAUUAUGUAGCAAGAAACUUAAAGUUAUUCAUGCUAUAAUGGCAUCUUAGAAUUUAACAAAAUAAAUGAUUUGCGGUUGAAAACAAGUUUGAUUUAACAGGGUAUUGUUCUUUUAAGGACAAAUGCCUGGUUACAGGGAACAUUUUGUAUUGAAAAGUGCUCAGAUAUGUGGCCAUGUGUUUUUCCUUUAUAUAUGUGUGUGGGGGUUUUUUGCGGGUUUUUUUUGUUUGUUUGUAUUUUUAAGGAUUCAAACAGUUACCUACUUGGCUUGAUUUGAUUCAUAAGUGCUUGAGUCCUCAGUUUGAUGAUUUCCCCUUACUGAAUCAGCCGUGUUUUGCCAAAUGUUGAAAAGGGUAAACAUUUACAACUUGUAACCUAUGGUUUUUAAUACAUGGAAAAUGUACAAAACGAAGAAGUGCCCUGAUAUAAAACACUUGAGAUCAAAACUAUAUUUAGUGAAGAACAUCAUCUGCGUAUCUCUGUAAGUUCAAAUGUAACUUCUUAAAAAUCCCUCGUUACCAACAGAGGCAAUAAAGCUCCAGUGAAAUUGCCAUGGCUAAAUCUUCUCAUGCAUUGUUUCGGUCUAUUAUUUGUAAAAAAUGCACUUCUAGAGUGUGGGAUUUUUUUGUUUUUUGUUUUUUAAAUCUGGAAUAUUAUCUCUUGAAUAAAACAUGCACUUAAUGGCAAGCUUUUGACGGGGGGGGAUCUAAGAACUGAUGCAAUAUCUUGCCUCCUCUCGAUCUAAAUGUUUACAAGUAAAAAUGGAGCUGUUUUUAUCCAACUAAGCUGCAUUGACAUUGCUUAGCGUUUGAUGGAAGAAACCGUAUGUCGUGCGUUUGUUUGAAAUAUGGUUGGCUUGAAGACUACAGUAUAAAAGUAAAUGACUUUUUUUAUUGAUCAACCUGUUAUUAAAUAAAGUAACUUAUGAAUUGCUUCAAAACUGUUUUACAAUGAAAUCCACAUUGAGAAAUCCUUAUUUAAGAAAGAUAUAAUUUUUUAAAAAUGUGUUUAAUAAACUUUUGUCAUUCACACUUUAUUUAAAUAAUGUCGCAAGAAGUCUCUGUAGAUUUUAUUUGAGUAUGGUGCAUUAUUGUGAUUUUAGGCUUUUAAGUACGUGGCAUUGUUAAUUUAACUGAUCCAGACAGUAAUAGACACAGAAAUGUAACGAGGGGAAGAUGGAUUGAAUCGCUACAAGAGUUUGUGUUGUAAUAGGGGCAUAUUUGCAAGCAGCGCUGUGGAUCUAUUAAGUUAAUAUAUUAUAAGUCCAAUUUUAAAUUGAAAGUGUUUUGUUGCAUGUUAACUGACCCUGUGCUAAUCUGUUAUGCAUUUUUAGAUUAGUUGACCAAGGACUGAAGAGCUUAACAAAAAAACUUAGGUCACAUUGGAUGUUUAUAUGUUAAAAAGAUCAGAAAACCUCACCCAGUCAUUU